AUGUCCUGUCCCGAUUGCUUCCGUGGAGGAAUCGCCGAGUCGAAGCCCACAGGCUCCGAAGAGGUCAUCCACGGUCGAUCCACCUAUGUUGCCAAGCCGGAGCCGGGGGUCACUCCCAAGGGCCUCAUCGUCUUCAUAACGGAUGCCUUUGGCUGGAAGUUUGUCAACAACAGAGUCUUGUCUGACUGCUACGCCAAGGCCGGGUUUCUCGUCUACUGCCCGGAUUUCAUGGAUGGCUUCGAGUUAGACCCCCAGGCUCUUGGUUAUUUCGAAAAGAUCAUGGAGCCAAAGACUUGGAGUGAGAGUCUCUGCAAGCCUUACUAUAUCUUUCAUGCCCUGAGACUGGCUCUCCCAUUCAGGACCAAGGCUUCGAUCCCCAUCACCCACCCUCGCGUCAUCUCCUUCCUUCAGGAUAUUCGCCGCGCCGAGGCACCGUUUCCUACUGAGAACCUCAAGGUCGGCGUGGCUGGGUUCUGUUGGGGAGCCAAGCACGGCGUCCUUCUAGCCCACGACAAGGCCGAGUCGCGUGUCCAGCGACACACAUCGCAGAAGAGCAGCGGCCAGUCCGAGCCCCAGCCUUUGAUCGAUGCCUUCUUCGCAGCCCACCCGUCGUACUUUGAGGUCCCUCAGGACAUUGACGCCAUCGUGGUGCCGACAAGCAUCGCUGUCGGGGAUGCCGACAUGGCCAUGAAGGGACCGGUCGCGCAGCAGGCCAAGAAGGCGCUCGAGGCCAAGUCGGAUGCCGGCCAGCAUGAGUUCGUCAUCAUGCCGGGCGCGAAGCACGGGUUUGCUAUCCGGACGAAGCCGGAUGAUCCCCAUCAGCAGGAGUGUGCCGACAAGGCUGAGGCGCAGGCUGUUGCGUGGUUUACAAAAUGGUUGUCUUGA